AUGUCUCGCUUGGUGAAUGGUGCAAGAUCGUUUUCGACGACAACUUCGUCCCUCUUGGCCGACGCGACCGCCGCUUCGCAAUCUGUUCGUCAACCAGCCAGCUUUCAAGUCUUUCGCGAUGUUCCCUCAAUCCGGGGACUCCGGCAUCAAUUGUUGUUAAAGGACCGGAGUGUAGGCUUCGUUCCUACCAUGGGCGCACUUCAUGAGGGCCAUCUCUCCCUAAUUCGACAAGCUGCUCGGGAGAAUACAGAUAUUUUUGUCAGCAUCUUCGUCAAUCCCACACAAUUCGGCGUCACAGAGGAUUUGUCCAGCUAUCCCCGCACCUGGGAUGCUGAUGUUGAGAAAUUAGAAAAUCUGAAUGAAGAGCUCGAGCGGCUGAGAGAAAACAGCGCAAAUUCCGGGCGCAUCACUGCCAUUUUCGCGCCGACUACGAAGGUCAUGUACCCCGGUCUGCCCCCUUCGUCAGAGGUUGAUGGAUGCGGCUCAUUUGUCACAAUCACCCCAUUGUCCACUAAACUGGAGGGCGGCUCUCGUCCGGUUUUCUUCCGGGGUGUAACGACGGUUUGCAUGAAGCUCUUCAAUAUUACAACCCCCGACCGUAUCUACUUUGGCCAGAAAGAUGUGCAACAGACUGUGGUAAUCAAACGCAUGGUAGAGGAUUUCCAUGUUGGCACCGAAUUGCGAAUUAUUGAAACUACACGUGAACAUGACGGCCUGGCGCUGAGCUCGCGGAAUGUCUACCUGGGCGACAGGAGACGAACCGUCGGGCUCACUAUCUACAAGGCGCUGAAAGCCGCCGAAGAAGUAUACUUGAAUGGCAAUAACAGUCGGGCAGAUAUCCUUGGGGCUGCGCGUAAUGUGACGGAUAAUGUUCUUUCCGAACAAAAAUCUCUCUCUCCAUCUGAGAGAGCACUUUACGAGGUCGACUACAUUUCUCUCGCCGAUCCUGAUACCCUUGACGAGCUUGAAGUUGUCGAUCCGGUUAAGGGCGCAGUUUUGAGUACCGCAUUCAAGAUGGCACCGCUGGAGGAGUCCAAGCAAGGCGAAGACUGUGGAUUGGGCGAUGGGAAGGUCCCCGUGCGACUCAUUGACAACCUCAUUUUUGGUCCUCGUCCUUGA